AGUUAAAAGGCCACCACCACCACCUGUGACCUCCAUCCCAUCGUCUUUGCAAUGGAGCCCACUCUCAAUGCAUAUCUCAACCGCCAUCUCUCUGAACGUCUCUUUGCCGUUACCAUCGAGGACGAUGCUGUCAUCUCUCCCACAGCCGACUUCUCCUCGAACGACUACAUGUCUUUGACCAAAGAUCCCGCUCUUCGCCAAAUUUUCCUCGAAAGGCUGUCUCUUGAGCCUAACAUUCUCGGGGCCACUGGCUCCCGCCUCCUUGAUGGCAAUACCCCAACACACCUUGCCCUUGAAGCCCUGCUCAAGCACUUUUACACAGGCCCAGGCGCCGCAGCUGUCUUCAACUCGGGAUACGAUGCCAAUUUAUCUGUUUUCAGCACUCUCCCACAGAAGGGGGAUGCUUUCGUCUUCGAUGAGCUCAUCCACGCCUCAAUUCGUGACGGGAUGUUCGCUUCCCGAGCUCGAAACAUGAUGUUUCCCUUUUCACAUAAUUCCAUUACAUCGCUCGAGGUGACUCUCAGACAAGUGGUGAAGGACCAUCCCCACCUCGCUGAUGGGAACGGUACGAUCUUUAUUGCGGUUGAGAGCCUCUACAGUAUGGACGGCGACUUUGCGCCGUUGAGCGACAUUGUACGGGUCAUGCACGAGACAGUCCCGCCUCAGUCUCAGCACCUCAUUAUCGAUGAGGCGCACACGACAGGGAAUUAUGGCGCGGGUGGACGAGGGUAUGUGAGUGCUCUUGGCCUAGAAGACUAUGUCCAUACGCGGAUACACACAUUCAGUAAAGCGCUGGCUUUCGGCGGCGCCGUAGUCGUCACUUCGCCAUUGAAUCACAAGUACCUUAUGAAUUUUGCACGCCCAAUGCUGUUCGCCACCGCUCUACCCAUCUGCAAUAUCAUAGGCAUCGAUUGCAUUCAUUCCUGGAUUUCUAGUGAGCGUGGUCGCGAGCUUGCCGACAAAUUGAACGGGAACGCGAUUUAUUUUCUGGGCCUCCUCGUUCGCUCCCUCCACGGGAUCCCCACUUCGCUCCUCUGCCCCAUCCUCACCGGUCAUACUUUCCGUGCCCCUUUGCCCACCUUAUCGACAAACUCUUCUACUUCUACUUCAGACCUCACAUCCUCAACACUCUACGUUUCUCCUGUUUUCCCCAUCAAAUCUUCUCAGCCCGUCGCCCUCGCCGCACACCUCCGCGCAAAGGGUUACUGGACCCGAGCAAUGCCGUUCCCAGUUGUUGAUCGAGGCCAGGAACGCGUGCGCAUCUGCGUGCAUGCGGAGCACACCCACGACGACAUGGACCAGUUCGUUGGUGAGCUCGUGCGUUGGGCACGUGGGCGGAUGGCUGCUGCAGUAGAGGUUCCAAUGGACAGGCAGAUGGCUGCUAGACUUUGAUUGGGAAUGCGGCAGGCCAAUCCCCUGCUACUGUUUGUUCCUUUGGAUCUAAUAAUUUCUACUAGCAAAUUUCUGAUAAGUGAUCUUCGACAUCGUAUUUCAGUAUUCAGUUUACAAAGUCAGACUUUUCCAUAUU